AGGCCUGUCCGGCGGCGCUCUAGCCCCGCGCGCGCCGUCUCGAUGCUCCUCCGCGUCUCGUCUAUUUAUUGUCGCGGGGAAGCGGCGGCGGCUCUGUACCCGGAACAACAAAGCCCGAAAGACGGGAGCCCGAGCCUCGGGGGGAGGGGAGGGGGCUCCUAGCAACGGGCCGGGGCGGGAGUUCCAUGGAGACUGGGGAGCGCGCCCGCCUCAUCUUCAUCCUCGUCCUCCAGCUUCUCCUUCGCAUCCGACGCCACCGGCAGCAGCGCUGCCGCCGCGUCCUCUGCGGCCGCCCCAUCUUCCCACGAACAAGAUGCCAUUUGAACUUAAGGAAGAUUGCUUUGGAGGGAGCAAAUGUAAUUUAUAAGCGUGAUGUUGGAAAAGUAUUAAUGAAGCUUAGAAAACCUAGAAUUACAGCUACAAUUUGGUCCUCAGGAAAAAUUAUUUGCACUGGAGCAACAAGUGAAGAAGAAGCUAAAUUUGGUGCCAGACGUUUAGCUCGCAGUCUACAGAAGCUAGGUUUUCAGGUAAUUUUUACAGAUUUUAAGGUUGUAAAUGUCCUGGCAGUUUGUAACAUGCCCUUUGAAAUUCGUUUGCCAGAAUUCACAAAGAACAAUAGACCUCAUGCCAGUUACGAACCUGAACUUCAUCCUGCUGUGUGCUACAGGAUAAAGUCUCUAAGAGCUACAUUACAGAUAUUUUCAACAGGAAGUAUCACAGUAACAGGGCCCAACGUGAAGGCUGUGGCUACUGCUGUGGAACAGAUUUACCCAUUUGUGUUUGAAAGCAGGAAAGAAAUUUUAUAACUCAUCACUUAAUUGGUUAGAAUCUCUAACUGAGCACCUUUAAAGCCUGCUGCACAUUGGACUCAAAAUAAAAGGAAAACUGGACCAACAGUAAUUGAGGAAAGAGACUCUUUUUAUUCACUCGUGGCUACAGUGUAAGCUCCAGUCCCUUUGGAUUUUAUUUCAAACUUUGCUGUAAUAUAAAAAGGAAGUUUACAAGACAUGACAUUGCUGCUUUUAAAAAAGGACAUUCUAUUUAUUUUCGCAGUAAUUCUCAUGUCCCAUAAGCAGAGCUGUCACAAUGUGCACUACCUUAAAUUGUUUUAUUGUUGUCAUUGUUAUUUUUUUUCCAGUUUGAGCUAAUGUGUUUUAUUUGUGAAUAGUCUUUUACAUUUUUGUAUGCUGAAUAUGGGCACCAAAGAACCUGUAAAAGUUAUCUUUUUCAAUUGAAUGUGCACAAAUAAAAGUUUGGAAAAGA